AUGAGCGACGUCGAUCGGGCCAUUGCUGCCGGCGGCGUGCCUCCUGAUGUGACCCGGGAGUUGCUACUGGAGAGCAAAGACCGAGAGACUGUUGUGGGCAUCUUGGCGGUGGCGGUUCUGACCAUUCUGGUGGUUUGCGGGAGAGUCGUCUCGAGGGCAUGGAUCGUGAGGAGGUUUGGAUAUGACGACGGCCUGGCCGUGGUGUCGCUGGCUCUGCUGAUUGCCUUUGUCGUACUAAGCAUCGAGCUCAUCAACUUGGGGUCAGGCCGUCACUUUGCCUACAUCCAGUACGUGCUGCCCGUCCCAAUCGUCAUGCGAACCCAGGUGCUCGACUUUGCGGCCCACAUCAUCUACACGGCGGCGCUUUUGCUCUGCCGAAUGUCGGGGUUGGCCUUUUUCCACCGCAUUUGCGGCCUCCACAGCGGCUUCCUCAUCGCCAUCCGGGCCGUGUUUGGAGUCAUCAUGGUCGGCUUCUUGCCGCAGCUGCUGCUGCUCAUUUUCCACUGCCAGCCCGUCACGGGGCUGUGGCCGUACGGCUGGGAGCCCGGCUGGGAGAGGUACACGUGUCUGCAAUGGGGACUGGUGUACAGCGUCAACUCGACGGUGUCGCUGCUGUGCGACUUGCUGCUGUUUGGCAUCCCCAUUGCCAUGCUGAAGAUGCUGGAGAUGCCGAAAAAGCGGAAGAUGCAGCUGGCCGGCAUUCUCCUGCCCGGCAUUAGCGUAGUCGCCAUCUCGAUUGCUCGGCUGGUUCUCGUCAUCAAGGGACAGUGGGAGACUGACAUGUCUUGGAGCUACAAUCCCAUGCUUGGGGUCGAAACGUCGGAGAUCGGGGCCACGCUCAUCGCCCUCUCGGUCCCUGGCAUCAAGCCCAUCUUUGACAGGUACGUUUUCGGGAAAACCGUCCAUGGCGAGUCCGGCAAUUCCGACUACAACCGGAGCGCGACGAACCGACCGUCCAGGGGCACGGCGCGGAGCAGCUUUCGAUUGCGCUCGCAGCACACCAUGCUGUCCAGCUGGGAGGACAUGGCGCCGUACGGAAACGAGGCCCAUGCGCUUUCAAGGUACGACAGCCGCAGUCAGGCCGGGAGCGACGGCAUCCUGGUGAGUGUUGAUUUUGAUGUCAAGGAGGGUCGGCGGGAGAUUAAUCAUGCUGGGCACAAGGCGGGCAGGGGGUACGAGCAGCAUUGA